UAGCACCUUGGACGCCUCGAUAUCAUUCAAAGAUAUACGGUCAUUAAACCGUGCAGCAUAAUCCUUAGACUUGAUAAGCGGGGUCGUUUCCAACGUUAAAGACCCAACAAACGACUUGAUUAGUUCAUUACAAAACUCCGAAGUGAAAAAAUUGUUAAUGGUGAUGAUUUGAUCCGAUAUAAUCGAUUCGGGCCCUGGCUUGAAAAACAGUUUUGCCAACAGCUUUGGUAAGUUGUAAUAGCUCUCAGGGAACUUAUACAGUGCCUCCUUGGGCUUCGUAGUAACCUUGGACUUCUUUGGAGCCAUAAUGCAAUGAAGAAGUUGAAGUAGCAAAGCUAAAUGCAGGAUAACGAUGAUUUUUUUUUCCAUACUUUUUUUGUCAUUUUGAAAAGAGAAAAAUUCAAUUGACGUGUUUUUUUUAACAACCAGAUAACAGAAUUAAGAAGCAAACAUGAGAAUAGCCACGUUGAUACCUCUACUAGGGGUCAUACCGAUGAUAGAGGCAUUCAAGGCCUCCCCGUUGGUAUUGGCAUCCCACAAGUUGGUGAAAGGGUUGAGAGAUGAAUUAGAACAUGGCAAUUCCCAACCGCAUAGCGAAACUAGUGUUACUAAUAUGUUGAAGAAGCUUAUGACGGAGUGUUCCUCCGAUGCCUACUUGUUGGUGAACCAACCCGGGUUGAAGUACGAGGAUAUGGUUGGAAUACACGAACAAAGAUGGCCCUUUUUACAAAAAUAUCUUACCUUGGCCAGUAGUGUUGUGGGGAUACCCUGGGUCAAAGGCACGGUUGAUUUGAAUUUUGUCGAGAACUACUUGAUCAAGAACUGUGAAGCAGAAACCAUCACCGUAUUGCACGAAGACGAGGCCGAGGUGGGCAAGUACAUCGACACCAGGAAAAGAAUAAUCCGGGUUGAAUUAAGUGAAAUCCCCGAAGAUAUCGACGAAGACGAAAGAGGAUUGAUCUUGAAAAGCCACGACGAACUAGUCAGACAAAUCUUGAGGAAAGUGCCUUCUCCUCAUUACACCAUUAUUCUCACCUCCAGUACCACCAGCAGCUUCCACCCUAUCCCACCUCUGGUGGUUGAGUCAAAACCAGAAAAGUAUGAAAUGUUCAACGAAAUCAUUAACCACCCAUCGAGACAAAAGGAAGUCGAGAGAAACGCCCAUAACUACCAGAACAAGGCCCCCGAAUGGAACCAGGACCGGAACACCGUUAAUAGGUAUUUGAAAAAUAGAAAGAACGACGAGGUUCACUUAUUCAGAGGUGAAAAAAGUAUGGAGUUAUGGAAACAAAAUGAAAAAAUCGUCAGCACCAUGCUAGUGAUGAUUGUCAGUAUUUUCCUCAUGAAAAUCAUGAAGCUUGUCAAGUACAUCCAGCACAAGUUGAGCGCAAUGCUCCAAAAACCAAAUCGCAAACAGGGACUCCUUGAUAAAAAAAGUCAUUAAACCUCUCUUUAUACGUAUAAAUAUAUUAAAAUUGCAACCAAAACCAACCUGUAAACCCAUACAACCUGCAAAAUACCCGACACAACCUGCAAAUUCACGGUAAUCUGCAAACCGCCGCAACGCAAACUGCAAAAAAACUUUAUAGACCAAAAAA